AUGGCUACGACGUCUGGAACUCUUCCCCAAGUCGGUCCCACGCAAUGCGUAGGACCUGACUACCGGGAGCCCAGUCAAAAGCCUGUUGCCACGGUUUCGACAGAGGUCGAGCAUGAUAAUGUCAUUACAUUACCACAGACACCACAGCUUAUUGCGCUGCUCACGAAGAUCCGCGAUAGGAAAACGGAGCGGGCCGACUUCAUUUUCUACUCGAACCGAAUCAUUCGUCUCCUUGUCGAGGAAGGGCUUAACCAUCUGCCCGUGGUUGAACACACCGUGACUACUCCCGUCGGCCGCACUUAUGCGGGGCUGAUGUUCCAGGGGAAGAUAUGCGGUGUUUCUAUCAUGCGAGCUGGCGAGGCCAUGGAACAAGGUCUUCGAGACUGCUGUAGGUCAGUAAGGAUCGGUAAGAUCUUGAUCCAACGGGACGAAGAAACGUCAAUGCCGAAGCUUUUCUAUGAUAAACUGCCCGAGGAUAUCUCCGAUAGAUGGGUUCUUCUACUCGACCCCAUGUUUGCAACAGGUGGAUCCGCCAUCAUGGCCGUAGACGUCUUGAAAUCGCGUGGGGUUCCAGAAGAAAGAAUACUUUUCCUAAACCUGAUCGCCAGCCCACAAGGGGUUCAAAACUUUGCAACCAAGUUCCCUAAGCUUCGGGUUGUCACUGCAUUUAUUGACCAGGGCCUCGACGAAAAGAAUUAUAUCAUUCCGGGCCUAGGCGACUUCGGAGAUCGAUUUUACACCAUGUAG